AUGUCGCUCCACUCCCCGCUUGCACACCACCAGCACCAGCAACAUUCCUUCCGCCAUCCCAUGCAGCAACAACAGCAGCACCAAAACCAGAUAGGAAGGGAGGCCAACACACAGUCAUUGACUGCCUUGAAGCUGGCCGCUGCUGCCUCUUUCUUUUCUUCUGGAACUACCGCGCCAACGACGACAAUAGCAGGAGAGACGCCCACGACCCCUCCUCCUACCGCACGGUUGGCUGCAGCAUCUUCAAGUCUUUACCCAAUCUCAACAACGAUACCCAGCCCUGUCCACCACUCAAUAUCGGCCCAAAAGUCCUCCUUUGACCACCUGCCCCGCACGAUCGUGGUCAACGCGAAUGGUUCUACCCAACCCUUUGCCUUCCAACCUCCUCAUAACAAUACCAAGAACAGCCAACCUGCCACCACGGUCGCCGGAAGGUCACAUACCCAGCAUAAACACCACCAGCAUCACAGCAACAUGUCUUCAUUACCUUCCCCUCCCCUCUCCUCAGUCGAGCCACCACUCAACUCGGAUUUUUUCUUAAAGUCGCCUUUGCAGGAGCGAUGUGAGGCUCUGGAGACUGAGCUCUCGGCCCUUCGAACUCGACUCAAACGUUCCGAGCGGUCCUCGACUAUCCGCGAAAAGCGUCUUUCUAUCUUUCAACAACAAUCGACCGACUCCCACCACAGCCUUCAGUCCCUCAAGACUCAGCACGAUACCAACUUGGCCCAGUUCCAACAGGCCCAGCGCGACCUUGCCAGUGCACAGACCUCGCUGUCGACCAAGGACGCCAUGGUCCGGCAUUUGGAAGCGAUGGCUAUGGAGCAAGAGUCGCAGUUGAAGGAGGUCCUGACGGACCGGGAGGCACUCGCGACCGAGAUGAUGGAGAGUCAUAACGAGAACGCCAAGCAGCAGAAGCGCCUCAAGAACAGUACCGACAAGGUAGAGAAGCUUCAGCAGGAGAACCGGCAGUUGAUUGAGCAAUUGAGGGAACUGAGGACCAAGGUUGUUGAUGUCUCGGAUGCCAAGCUAGAUGCGAUGGAGACCAUGAGCAGAGAGAAGGCGAUUGACGGAAAGACGAUCCAGGAAUUGGAGAAGGAGACAGCCAAGUCCCGGAUAGAGAUUGAUCGGUUGCAGGAUCUGGUUAUGAACAUGGGCAAUCGACACGUUCAGGUCCAGGCACAGCUGUCAUUCUUCCAGCAGCAGGCCAUUCAGCUCCAGCAUCAACUAGAUCUUUAUUCGACAUUGGAUGGCUCAUCUAUCGCAGCAGGAGAGGGAACCGGAGGAAGUGUGGCGACGAAGCAUUCCAGUUUGGUGUUAACGGAUGGGACUUUGUCGUCUCUGCUCUCUUCGGUUGCAACGGUCGCGACGACAUCUCUGAACCGGAGGUCCAAGCCCACGCGUCGGUUCACGGUCAAUGCGCCCCGUAAGGUGGACGAUUUGACCAUGGAGCAGCGUAAGUGCCAGUUCCUGAUGGACCAGAUCGCAGUCCUGCAGCGCGGAUACGACUCGCUCCGACAGGAGAAGGUCACCCUCGAGCUCCAGAUUGAUUUGAUGCAGAGACAGCACCAGUACCACCAGCAUCAACGCCAGAAGCGCCGCGAGUCUCAGCGUCGUACCCUCGGCCAUGAACAGUCAGCGGCUCUUUCGAAAUCCCUCGCCAUCAUUGUCAACAACUCUACCUCACCUUCGCUCUCAUCUUCUGGGUCUGCAUUGUCGGCCGUCCCCUCGACCCCUCUUUUGCCAACCAUCUCUGCGGCAGAACAGGAGCGUGAGAAGGCACGGAUCCAGUAUGAGCUCGAACAAGCCCAGAUCCGAGCCCAACAACAGGCCCAGGAACAGGAACUGCAACGCCAAGCUGCCAAGGUCGCUGCUGAAGAAGCUGAGCGGGAGGCGAUCCGACUCCGUCGCGCCAAAUCGAUUCACCUCAAAGAAACCCUCGCCUCGCUGGAAUCGAGACGCGGUCGAUCUGAUUCGAGAGACAUCCAGUUCUCGCCCUCGGAGGAGCUCAAGCAUCUUGAACACCUGCGGCUCGCCAACGAUGGCCACCCUGCUACUCAGUCUCAACCACAGCAACAACAGUCGUCGAUGUCUCAGCAGAACUUCCAGAGCGCUGCUGCUGCUGCUCGGGCCAGUCGAAGGAUAGGCUCCCCCCUUUCGUUAAGGUCCUCGUCCUCAUCUCCCUCCAAGAGCCCACUCGCUAUGAGUUCUACCAGUUCUUCGCCUUCUUCAUCAUCUUUGAAGCAGUCCGCUAAUACCGCACAUUAUACCCACCAUCAUCGUGCUGCUGGUUUUGCACCGACCUACAACAUUGAGCAGUGCAGCUGUUGUAUCGGCAGCAUUAUUGAUAUCUGA